UAGCGAGCGACACACGGCAAAGACACCCUUUAAAUGUUACAAAUUCAUCACAAGAAAAGUCAUUCCAUGAAUCUAAACAAAUCUGUGAUAUUUCAAAGGACCAUUUGCCUCAAACUUUUCAAAAUACUGAUGAUCUUCAGCAGCAUCCUUAUUAUGGAGAAACAAUGAGCAAUAUGAAACAACCAGAACCACAAAAUCAGGAUGCAUUGUCAGUCAGUCAACAGCUAAAAAAGAAAGGUCCCAAAUUACGAAGCACUGAAAUUGCAGAAGAAAUUGAAAUGGUAGAUCCAGUGUCGACAGAGAAAAUUGAAAUGGAGGAUCCAGAUAAAAAUGGCGAAAAUAAGAUUGAUAAGUUGAAGACAACUACUAAAAAGAAAAACAAGGCUGCUGAGAAUAAAGGCAUUCCAAUGGAAGAAACAAACGAUUCUUCUCAGAUAGUAGAAGAAGACGGAAAGGAAAUGCACUUCACAGAAGAAGAAGAAGAACUGGAAAAUGCUGACGGAAAGGACACACUUGAAGAAUCGCCACAGCAAGAGGGCCCCUACUCAUGCCCACUGUGUGGUGAGAUGUUUAACUCUUCUCCUGCAUUCACAAUACACAUUCGUCAACAUAAUCCUAAUGAUAACAGCAGGACCUGUCGUUUAUGUGGCAAAAUUCUCAGCUCCACUAGUUCUUUAGAUCGACAUAUGCUUGUGCAUUCUGGAGAACGCCCAUUCAAGUGUAAAAUUUGUUAUAUGGGUUUUACCACAAAUGGAAACAUGCAUCGCCACAUGCGAACCCAUGGUACCCCUGAAGACAAUCAGGAAAGCUCAAAAACUCUAAAGGAACCAAAGCCUAAACCCACAUUGAAGCGGAAACUUUCUGGGACUCACUUUUCCUCUGGUCCAAUUUCUCUUGUGAAAAAAUCAGACUUAGGCUUAGAUAAUGAAACUAUAAAUGCACUCAAAAACAAUUCAUAUGAUAGUUCUGACUGUGGAAAACGUUUUAAUGAAAAACAUGAGUUCAAAAGUCACAUGAAAACACAUCAUUAUAAUCCACGUAAAUACGACGAGGGUAACGUUAACAUAAAGAGCCAAGCAACUUACAAACAACCGUGUUUUCUCAAUCAGGAAAAAGUAAAAGAAUGUGAGUUGCAAAAUACUUUAGUUCCAUCUUACAUAGGUUUUCAGGAUUUGACAUUUGUUGAUUUUUCUUUGGAUAAAUUUUCAUUAAUUGCAAAGACUUAUUGUGAACGAAACAAGAGACAUCCGAGUAGUGCCUUUCACAAUUUUGAGUGUUCAGAAUGUAACAAAGGAUUUCCUUGUGGAAGUGCCCUUCGACUCCACAAAAUGAAUCAUAAUGAAAAAAUUACAACCUAUUGCCCAAGCUGUCAAAGUGACUUUCAGUCUCCACUUUCUCUUAAGUUACAUCAAUUAAGACAUAAAGGAGCCGAAAAUUGUUUUGAAGAACAACAUCAAACAAGAAAAGAUAGGGGUUUGUUAAAUCUUGAGUCAAAACAAUUAGAACCUAGAAAACAAGAUUUUCUUGCUUUAUUAGAAUUGCAGACCAUGGGAGAAGAGGUUGCGCUCAAACCAGCACCAAAUCGUGAAACGCGAGAAGGAAACUUUGAGAAUCCUUCAUAUUUCAUUCAUGGAAAACCUAAAGAGGAAGUGAUAAAAGGAACAGCAACUGAAUCUGUGGGAGAUUUUGCUGAUAUCCAAUCAAUUUUGUGUGUGACAUCAAAGGCUCCUUUGGUGUCCAAUGUUCGAUCCUCUCCGGUAGCUGCUUCACCUGGUUCACCACCUCAAGUAGCCACUAGCGUUUCACCUGAACCUCUUCUCUUAUCUGACACAGACACGGUUCUUCCUAUCUUGUCACCAAAAACUGACCAUGCUGAUUCCAGAGAAGAGUUAGAAAAUAACAAUGAAUCUGAAACUGAAGCUCAAUCUAAUGAAAAUGGAGAGCUCCCUUGUGAACAUUGCGAUUUUUCCUUCAAAAGUGCAAAUGCUCUAAAAAGACACAAGAGGUGCCACUCUCAAGGUUGUACAACAUAUUCCUGCUCUCUGUGUUCUUACACUAGUUUAGACAAAAGUACUCUGAUCCGUCACCUUCGAACCCAUAAUGGAGAAAGACCAUUCCAGUGUGGUAUAUGCAAAUAUGCCUUCACCACUAAGGCAAAUUGUGAACGUCACGUCAGGAAACGUCAUAAGAAAGUGAAUAAGAUGGAGAUCCGAAGUGCUAUGCAAUACAAUCCUAAUAUGGCUGAAUUAAAAUCACCCAAAGAAAUUAACACGAAGAUGAGUGAUUCAGAAACAGUGUGUAAGUACUGUAGUGUAGAUUUUAAGUUCAACCGUGUCCUUAGACAUCACUUGAGAUCCCUACACAACAGCUGUAGUCGAAAACCGUUUUGCUGCACCGUCUGCCGUUUGGGUUUUUCAACAAAAAAUAACUGCAUUAGGCAUGUCUUGAAGCAACACCCAGAGAAGAAGGGAAGACUUGAUGAGGUAGUGUCGGCAAAUGUUACAAGUGACAUGUCUGACCAGGAAUCCAUUCAAUUAUCAGACAAAAGUCCACAGAAGGAAGAUUGUAGCCACCUAUCACAUGAGUCUCAGUCUGAAAUAGAUAAACCUUUAAACCUAACCCUGCAGCCAGAUCCUAUUUCUCAGACACAGAGUAGAACAGUAAGUACAGACCUCAGCAGCAUUGAUGAUGUUGUCACAGCUGCUAACAGUCUCGUCAUAUUAUCAAGCAUGACACCACCACAAGAAGAACCCUUGAAUUUAGCUUUACAAGCAUUAGAUCUUAGCCUGAAAACAAAUCAAAAACUGGAAACUCCAAAAAGAACAAAAUCAAAUAGCAUUUUUACCUCCAUAAUACCUAGUCCACAAAAGUUCCAUGUUUCACCUUCUCUUUUAUCUGAAUCUAAGAUUCAGACAGUGGAUAGAAUUCAGAGGUUGCCUAAAACAGCUGCUUCUCCUCAAGGCAUGGUUCCUUUAUCAAUAAAAACAUUAGUAGGAUCUGGAAUGCUGAGCCAAAAAGAUGUCUACAUGACCUUUAAGAUGGUGAAUGAUAAGUUGGCUCCACGUAACCAAAGGUCCUUUAUUUGUAUCUAUUGCUCUGCUGGUUUUACUUUAAAAUCAAACAUGGAACGUCACAUUAAAAGAAAACACCCUGAAUAUGCACGACCCACAAGAAGUAGAAACUUCAUUCCCAAUUUAACCCCAUCGGUGCAAAAACCUAGUGCACCUACUCUUUCUAGUAAGACAAGAGCUGCUCUUCGAGUUCUUGUUCUUGGAAAUAAAGCCCAUGAUUUGUCUAGUAGCCAGCAGGAAAACUGUCAAGAAGACUUUCCAGUGAACACCAAUGAUACGUCUAUUGGAAGUGAGGGUCAAGGACAAGAACUCAACUUAACCAUGUCUGAAGAAUCUCAUCAUUCCACUUCUUUUAAAACAGAUAGCGUUAACAACGAAAGGGAUGACUUUAAUGGUAAUAAUUCAAACUUGAGUAACGCUGAUUAUAAUAAAACAAAUGCGGACGAUUCAGAGACUUCUGCAGAUUUGGCUAGUGUUUCUGCUCUUAUUGAUACUGCCAAUUCUCAAGCAUUUCACCAAUAUUUAAUGGAUGUUCGAACAGACGAAAAACAAUCGUGCAACAGUUUUGACUCCAACAAAGAAAAGCCACACAUAGAAGAACAGAAUGUCUCGGAAGAAGAGACCACACCAUCUACUAGUACUAACACUGUUUCUAAGAAGAAAAGCUACUAUGUAGAUUCCCCAAACAGUGUUUCAUGUCCGUUUUGUUCCCGCAAGUUUCCUUGGACAAGUUCUCUACGUCGACACAUUUUAACGCAUACCGGACAAAAACCCUUUAAAUGCCCUCGAUGUCCAAUUUGGUUCACUACAAAGUCAAAUUGUGAGAGACACUUACUCCGUAAACAUGGUCGUAACAGUGAGAUUCAUUCACGAAGUGUUCCUGAAAGACCAUUUAAGUGCAAUAUUUGUCCUAGUAGCACCUUUUCUACGCCAGGAAAUUUACGAAAACAUUAUUAUCUAAAACACUGGACGAAAAAAGGCGGAAUUCUCAGUUCUCACUAUUCAGACUCAGAAUUGAUUAACCAUGAACGUUACGAAGAUCAUUCCGAUGCUAUUGAAGUAUAUGAAGACGAAGAAGGAGAUUCAAUUAAUCACAGUGAAAGAGAAACAGAUGAUUGUUCUGAUCCAGAUUCUAAACUUCAUAAAAACUUGAAUGGUAUGCACUGUCAGUGUUGUGAUAAAACUUUCCCUUCCCGUAAAGACCUUGAAGUCCACACUGGACAACAUUUGGAUCUACCUUACAAAUGUCAUCUUUGUGAGAAUUCUUAUGGCAAAAGACAAGGAUGCCUUGAUCAUCUACGACUAACUCAUAACUCUGAAUACCAGUUGUUAAUAAACAAGGGAGCUUUGGAACAGCAAGCUUCAGAACAAGGCGGUACGAUACCCUCUUCAGUAGACAUAAACACUGUAAAUAACAAUGAAGAUGAAGAAACUGAUUUGAAAAAUAAACAAAUGGGAUACAUUCAACGAAAAGUUAUUUGUGCUUUUUGUUUACGUCGUUUUUGGUCGACAGAAGACUUAAGACGUCAUAUGAGAACGCAUUCAGGUGAAAGGCCCUUUGCUUGUGACAUCUGCCACCGGAAGUUCUCUCUAAAACAUAGCAUGACUCGACAUCGUCGGAAACAUCAAGGUCAAGGCUCCUUGUCUCUUCACGACAGCACAGAUGAAGACUGCCCAUCACUGAACUUAAGUUUCAGAUCUAGAUCAAAAUUACGAAAAAAUCCAAGUCAAAAUUCCUUACUGUAUUUAUUGCCCCAAUCCAAAGGUUUGGGUUACUCUUCAAAAUGGAACAGUAACACAGUUUCAGAGGUACAGCAAGUAUCAUCUGUUAAAAAUAAAAAUUCUCAAGAAGUUUGCAGAGGAACGGAUGAUGAGAAUGCUUUAAUCCAAAAUCUCUUAGGAAUUCAUGAUUCGACAGUCAUUGACCAGAUGCUUGAUUCUGCCGAUUCUGCUGCUAAACUUCUCGGUGUUCAAGAAAUAUGACACACUGGUUCUGUUAACAUCCUCAUGAUUAUGGUGUAGAAAAUAAAGUCAACGUAUGACAUACCGAUUCUGUUAACAUCCUCAUGAUUAUAGUGUAGAAUAUAAAGUUAACGUUUUUAUACUCACGAUAUCAAAACUGAAUAUUGUUUUAAAUGGCAUCGUAACGGCGUCAAGGAAAGUUAUGUGAGGACUAUGCAGUGGUUUAAUAACCAAAUGUUGCAUGUGAAUUUUAAAUGUCAUCGUAACGGCGUCAAGGAAAGUUAUGUGAGGACUAUGCAGUGGUUUAAUAACCAAAUGUUGCAUGUGAAUUUUAAAUGUCAUCGUAACGGCGUCAAGGAAAGUUAUGUGAGGACUAUGCAGUGGUUUAAUAACCAAGUAUUGCAUGUGAAUUUUAUGUUUGGCUAUACAAUCACUUACAUUCUUCUCGUCAAGCUAUGUAAAAGUUCCUUGUAUGUUAAGAAGCCUCUGUUUCUCAGGAAGAAUUGUGAUGCAGUCGCAGAGUUAAUUUUGAGUUGACAAUUUCGUGCUAAUUAUUAUAUUCAUGUUCAUCUAUUUAUGCGCAGGUUCAUUUGAAAAAUCAUCAUUGGUACAGAGUGGUUGGGUUGGACCAAUUGUUGUUUGCCCUAUAUUUAAUAUUGAUAUUUGUAUAACGUAUAGAUUUAGAGUAGUUAUAAUUAUUUCUUUUAAUUUGGUUUGUGACUGUACUGCUGAAAAUAGUAUAAAUAACUGUUUCACGGCGUAUACAUUUGUAAAGGAUCACGCAUAAAGUAUUGGAAACGAGUAAAGUAUCACAUAUAAAGCAUCGAGAACGAGUAAAGGAUCACAUAUAAAGUAUCGAGAACGAGUAAAGUAUCACAUAUAAAGUAUCGAGAACGAGUAAAGUAUCACAUAUAAAGUAUCGAGAGCGAGUGAAGGAUCACAUAUAAAGUAUCGAGAACGAGUAAAGUAUCACAUAUAAAGUAUUGAAAACGAGUAAAGUAUCAUGUAUAAAGUAUUGAGAACGAGUAAAGGAUCACGUAUAAAGUAUCGAGAACGAGUAAAUGAUCACGUAUAAAGUAUUUAGAACGAGUAAAGUAUCACAUAUAAAGUAUUGAAAACGAGUAAAGUAUUACGUAAAAGUAUUGAAAAUGAGUAAAGUAUCACGUAUAAAGUAUCGAGAACGAGUAAAGUAUCACAUAUAAAGUAUCGAGAACGAGUAAAGUAUCACAUAUAAAGUAUUGAAAACGAGUAAAGUAUCACGUAUAAAGUAUCGAGAACGAGUAAAGUAUCACAUGUAAAGUAUUGAAAACGAGUAAAGUAUCACGUAUAAAGUAUUGAAAACGAGUAAAGUAUCACAUAUAAAGUAUUGAAAACGAGUAAAGUAUCACAUAUAAAGUAUUGAAAACGAGUAAAGUAUCACAUAUAAAGUAUUGAGAACGAGUAAAGGAUCACGUAUAAAGUAUCGAGAACGAGUAAAUGAUCACGUAUAAAGUAUUUAGAACGAGUAAAUGAUCACGUAUAAAGUAUUUAGAACGAGUAAAUGAUCACGUAUAAAGUAUUUAGAACGAGUAAAUGAUCACGUAUAAAGUAUUUAGAACGAGUAAAGUAUCACAUAUAAAGUAUCACGUAUAAAGUAUUGAGAACGAGUAAAGUAUCACAUAUAAAGUAUCACGUAUAAAGUAUUUAGAACGAGUAAAUGAUCACGUAUAAAGUAUUUAGAACGACUGAUAAUUAUACUCGCAGUAUGUACAUUUCGAAGUGUUUACAAAUCUGAUAAAGAAAUAAUGAAAGAAAAUGGUAAGAGGUAAGAAAUACCACUAAGAAAAUAGAUAUUAAUAAUUCUAUUAUAUGUAAAUAUAGAAUCAUUCCAGUGGCGAAAAUGCCAAAGUGAUACUUCAUUUACGAUACUGUUUUUAUUAUACACUAUCAUAAAGUCAUAGCACGUUGCAAAAAAUAUACUUUUUUUUGACAUUAUAGUUGAGUAAUAGUGUAGAAAAAUAAAUCACAUUUUGCUAUAUAUAUAUUUAUCUAGAAUAAUAGCAGUCCAACAAUUUUCAGGGAUAAACAGUGUAUGGUAUCGAGUUCCAAAGUUAACGCUGUUUCUAUUGUCUCAAAGUGGUAUAUCAUCCAGAGUGAGUCAUAGAGACAUGCUUAUUAAGUGACCAGAUUUAAAGUGAAUGUAUUGUGCUACGUCAACUGUCUCUGUGUACCAGCUUAAUGACUGUGACACAUGACUCAGUAUUACAUAAAAACUAAUAAAAUACUUCUCAAAGAGUUAUCUAUGCUCAUAAAAAAAUUUAAUUCCAUAACAUUCCGUCAAAGUAAAAACAAAGAACUUCUAAUGUUUUGUUAAAACUGCUCGUACUGUAGUUAUAUGAUUUAACCUUCUUGAGCUUUUUUAAACUUUAUAUGGUUGACUUUAUAAAGGAUUAAAUAUAUAUUAUUCGUAUAAAUUAUUAUUUUAAAGAACAAAAUGUAUAUUGCAGGACAUUAGUUUAAAGCCAGAUUCUGUGUGCUUUUAGAUGCCGUCCAAAUGUUUGAUUGGUUUUCAGUAGUGAAUUAAUCACUCGUAAUGUUCGAGCGGUUACUUCAUAAUAGCUAUGACUAUUUAACGUUAAUGAACAUUUAGCAGUUUUGUGAUAACUUCAGUAAUAUUAGGUGUAACCAAUUUUUAGUUUCACUUAUAUAUUAUGCACUGUCUUUAUAUAGGUAUUUAAUUUCAAAAUGUAAUGCUCUAAGCUAGGACAUGAAAAUAAAUAUUCUGUAUCCUGAAAAGAUUUUAAAGGGAGAAACAAUAUAAUUUUAAAAUAAAUAAAUAAUAAGAAGAAAUACUUCACUAUAUAUAUCUGUGUGUGUGUGUACAUGCUUUCAGGUGACAAUCAUAUCUUUUUUGGGUAUUUCUUGUGUUUAGAAUUUAAAAUCAUAUAUCUACUAUGCAGACUUCUCAUUGAGCUGUCAUGGUCAUAAACUAAAUAUUUCUGAAAUUUCAAAGAGACCAUGAUUUUUAAUUUUUUUAGAAUUUAAAAUACACGUCUUUUUAUAUUAAAAAUAAAAGGGAUUGUAUGGUUUUUUUUCAAAUGUGAAUUCAGAUGGAAUUUGUUAGCAAUUUAUUUAAAAAGUCGUUUUAAAACUGAUUUUUAUUUAUUGUUAAAUAAUGAUAUUAUAAUGGCCAAGUACCAUAAAUAUACAAGAUUUCUAACAUUGUUGGUCUUAGCAAGGUUGAUGUUUUCAUUUGCCAUCAUGCUUGUAGAUUUAUUUUUGGAAUCAGAUUGCUGUUGAUCAAUAUUUGUGGAUGAUAUUCUCUGUAGUUUAUGACUAUAUGGAAAUUAUAUAUUUCUCAUUCCAUCUGUUCAUCAUUAUCAGUUUUAAACUUGACGUCAUAUUAUUAUGAUGUUGUGAUUUUAGUAUUAGCUUAUAGUCGGAAGAUGGGUACUGUACAGGAAUAUACAGAUUUGUGUAUUCUAAGUUAUUGAUAACGAUUCUACUGUUUAAAACAGGGGAUUGCUGCAGUAAAACGUAGAACAGUUAAACUAUUAAUAGACUAGUUAGUGCCUUAGUGAUUGCAAGAUCUUUAAGAAGAAAAUUAGCAUCAUUAAUUGUAAUCGUUUUUGUACUCGCUCUUUCUUUUUCGCAUACCGUCCACCGUAUCUUUUAAAUUAUCUUUCAAGAACUAUUUUCGGUUGGGUGUAUAAACAAGCCUUGUUUCUUUUUUCAAAGUAGAAAAACAUUUUGUGCCUUCGUUUAUUCUAUGUAAGGUUUCGAAAACAGUUGUUCUUCAACUUUAUGAUAAUAUAAAAUGUAUGGAGUUACUCCUAUCGAAUGAACCUGAAAUACUAAAAAGUAAAACAUUAUAUUUGGCAAUUGCAUUUUAAAAAUCUUGGUGAAACUCUUAAAGUUUGUCAUAUUUCAAAAUAAAAUAUCAUUGAAAGAUGGGUUCUUCACGCUUUUCUUUAUAGUGAAUCUUUUAGAUAGACAGAACUGCUUUUUUUUCAUAAUUUACAAUGCAAAGAAAGUGAUUAAAACAUACAGUUGGGAUUUAAAUCGCUAUUUCCAGUUUAUAAAAAUUUAGGUAAUACGGAGAACUCACCAACUUUUUAGAUAAAAUGAGUAACAGAGGUUUAAAUUGUUAUCGCACUACAUUUCAUCUCUAGAGUUGAAAACUUCUCGCGUAGGGUUGAAAUGUUGAAGCUGUUUUUAUGUCAUUUAAAAGAAAGUAGUAACGGCUCUUUUUCUUAGUAGCUUUAGACAGUUUCAAACUAAAUACGAACUAAAACUGUUAUUACCGUUUCUAACUCGUUGCUGACAUAAUUCGCUUGAAUAUGUUGCUUAUUUUUUAGUAUCAACUUAUAAAAUAUAUUUUAUGAAUGUUAAUAUGCCAAGUUUCCAUUAAUAUCAACGAACUAAUAAAGUUGCAUUUGUGAAUAUAAGAUUUUUACACAAGAUAUGAAUCUACAGAUUAAAGUAGCACUAGUUUGUUUUUCUGGAGUAACAGGAAGUCGUCGUAUUUGUUAUAUACUAAGAGAAGCUAGUCGAAAGAUCUCGACCUGUCUUGACUAUUUUAGUGUGUUUAAUAACCCCAAUACCUGAGCAAUACCCAUAGUUAAAUGGAAAAUGUCAAUUUCUUUGAUUGAAUUCAAACUACUGUAUUUGUAGAAUUAUGCCAUGACAUGCCUUCGAAAUGUCCAGUUAUCAAAUGACCAUUUGAACUUAAUUGUAUAUUUGUGACUGAUUAUGCACUCUAAUAAAAUCGAUUUUCACCAAUAA